AUGAGGGUGUUUUCUUUAGAAAGUCUGUGCUGCAAUUUUUAAUUUGACGAGUUAUUUUAGUGUAUUUACCUAAUAUUCAAUUCAAUUAAGCUUCAUAAAGGUCUUAAGUUUUGGAAUCUGAUAAUAUUCCCAAAAAGCAAGCAUAAUUAAUAGCUGAAAAUGGCCCAGUCACCAAAGUCGCCUAGUGCUCAAGCAAAAUUUAACUAUGAUCAAAAUAAGGAUGAUUCCUCAUUCUGGGAGAAAUUCUCAACGCUAGGCAGAAAGAAGAAGAUCAAGGAAGUUCAAGAGGUCCAGGAAGAAGGAAAGUAUGCAAUUGAUAGUCCUGGGAAACCAAAUGCACCUGAAAUUCCUCCAGAAGAUUACAAUUUAGAGGAUAAUGAGCAACGUUCAAUCAUUCAGCCACAAUGUCUUAAUCAACCAAAUGUUCGGGACUUACUUCAAGUUUUGACUGAUUGGAUGAAUGAUGAACUUGUUGAGGAGAGAAUUAUUGUCACCAAUAUUGAACAAGAUUUGUACGAUGGUCAAGUUCUCCAUAAAUUAUGGGAGAAAUUGACUGGAAAUACGUUGAAUGUAUUGGAAGUAACUCAAUCUGAAGAAGGGCAAAAACAAAAACUCUCAGUCGUCCUUAAUGCCGUCAAUCAUACAUUGGGUUUUCAUCACACAAAUCCAAAGUGGACAGUCGAAAGUGUUCAUUCUAAAAACGUUGUUGCCAUAUUGCAUCUUCUUGUUGCUCUAGUUCGUCAUUUUAGGGCUCCGAUUCGUCUUCCAGAGAAUGUUUCAGUUACGACUGUUAUCGUUAAAAAAAGUGGCCCCAAAUUGACAGCCGAGAAAUUCGAGGAACAAAUAACUGCAGUCUAUGAGGAUGUUGGAAUGAGAUGUGAAAGGGAUGCAUUUGAUACUCUCUUCGAUCAUGCUCCGGAAAAGCUUCAAGUCGUUAAAAAAUCACUAGUCACUUUUGUCAAUAAGCACUUGAAUAAGCUUAACUUCGAAGUUGUUGAUUUAGGAUCGGACUUUCGAGAUGGUGUCUACUUGUGCCUUCUUAUGGGUCUACUCGGUGGAUUUUUUGUGCCUCUACAUGAAUUUCAUUUGACUCCAAGAGACAACGAACAAAUGAUUCAUAAUGUUGCAUUCUCAUUUGAUUUAAUGCAGGAUGUCGGAUUAGCGAAGCCAAAAGCUCGUCCCGAAGAUAUCGUCAAUAUGGAUCUUAAGUCAACACUUCGUUGUCUCUACAAUCUCUUCACCAAAUACCGAAAUAUCGCCUAAAAUUGACUCAACGAAUCACGAACGAAUAAUUUGAUUGUGGCCAAUUAAUUUCUUACUUAUUUUAGUAUUAACUGACUAUCGUUGUUUGUGCCUUAAAUGUUUUCUCACAAUUAAAAAGUUUUAUUUUCUAUACAUAUAUUAGAUGUAAUAAUAA